CGCCGAUGUGGUCUGCAGAGAACUCGGGUUCGUUCUAGGCGCGUUAGAAGUUAAACCAGGUGGAUACUAUGGUAACAUGGACCCAUCGACAAGAUUUAUGGUUGAUCAGUUAAAGUGCCGUGGGAAUGAGACUUCCCUACGCGAGUGCGACUUCGAUGGAUGGGGAGUGCAUAAUUGCCAACCGGAAGAAGCAGUGGGUGUCGUUUGUAAAACAGCAGUUAAUACUUGCCAGGACGGUCAGUGGAAGUGUGAUGACACUCCAAAAUGUAUUCCCACCGCAUUUAUAUGCGACGAAGUCGAGGACUGCGAGGAUCGUUCCGAUGAAAGUUCGAAACAUUGCGAUGUAAGUAAAAUAUUGGAUAGUAUAAGAAAUACUUGCCUGGUCCCGUUGAUUCAUCUUUGCAUAUUUUUCCAUAUUACUUCUUUAUAUUUUCUUCGACCUAUAUCUAUUAUAAAAUCCAUCAU